AAAUAUGCAAAGGUUACGGAAAUUUCGGAGAUGAAUCGUUUUCACCUGCGAGAUGACAGCUUUGCGUCGCUAAAUUAUUACCUUCAUUCAACCGAAAUGGCAAGUUCAAGAUGACUUGCUUAUUACCAGCAUAUCUCCUAGUAAAUUUUCUGCUGACGAUUGCAUUAAGUUCAGGAUGUCCAGAUGCCUGCUUUUGCAAAUGGCGCAAUGGAAAACAGACGGUCGACUGCCUCAACACGGGCCUCUUAACUAUUCCCGAGGGAAUUGAUCCCGCUACUCAAGUUCUGGACGCGGCAGGUAGCAAUCUGCAAAUAAUCCAGCCGGACUAUUUCUCCAACUUGGGCUUAAUUAACCUCCAGAAAUUGUUCCUCCGUCAAUGCAACAUUAAAGCCAUCCACAACGAUGGCUUCAAAGGCCUGACUAAUCUAGUGGAUAUCGAAUUGGCUACGAAUCAGCUUCAAAGAGUGCCCACAGAAGCGUUUUUAAAUAGCCCAUCUCUAAUGCGAAUCGUCCUACGAAAUAACCCAAUAACUGCUAUAGAGAGACUGGCCUUCAAUCAUUUAAGUUUCUUGUCCACGCUCGAUUUGAGUGAAUGCCAGAUAACGUAUGUGGACGAGGAAGCUUUCAGCACUCUUUACACUCUUGAGUGGUUGGACCUGUCGAAGAACAAGAUCCAAACAUUUCCCGAUAUGCACCAUUUUCCAAAAGCCCUGAAAGGACUGCAAAUCCACGAAAAUCCAUUCAAUUGCGACUGUAAAAUCCGCAGUUUUAAGCAAUGGCUAGAUAGAAGGAUUUAUCCUAUUUUGGUUGCACCGCAAUGCGAAAAACCUGAUACGCUCAACGGUAAGCUAAUCAGCACUUUAAAGGAAAGCGACUUAGCUUGUUCCCCUGAAGCGGCACCAAAUUCGUUUUACUUCGAGAUGGAAGAAGGCAGGAAUAUUACGUUUCUUUGUAAGGUAAAAUCAGUGCCACCAGCGAGCAUUUCCUGGAUAUUUCGGGGGCAAGUUUUACAAAACAACAGCGAAUCAUCCGCCGGAUUGCGCUUCGUAUAUUUUACGGAGGAAGGCGAGGAGGAAAAGCAGAGCAGUCUGUUCAUUUACAACUUAAAUUCGGCAAACAAUGGUACAUUUUACUGCCUGGCAGAAAAUCCCGCAGGUGCCGCCUCGGCAAACUACACCAUUAUGAUAAUUCUCAAACAGGAACCCAUUAGAUUAGAAGAGGGCCAAGCUUUUUCUAUUGAUGUGGCUUCCAUAUUCGUAGCUGCAGGACUUGUGCUGGCUUCCUUGUGUUUUGUCGCUAUAAUUAUGGCUCUGUGUAAACGACAGUCAAAGUCCAAAGAAAAGAGAAAACCGGAACAAAUUGUUGCCAAUGUUCAAGUACCGACACUCAAGAAAUCUGUACUGAAAAAACCUCCACUACAACCGGCUGUUGCUGAGCCGGACAUAAUUAAUGAAAUCAGUGGAGAAGCAAAUCAAUAUUCAAACAAACUACAGCUACAUCCGAUUAUCGUCAGACCAAUUGCAAUCGGAAAUAAUGGUCGUAAUCAGCCCUACCUGAAGCCAACCUUAACUGGCAAACAUCGGCCAGUUUCAGCUCCCAGUUUUGAGCGCUAUGUUGAGUAUUUUGAUUUACGCUCUACGUCAGGUGGAUAUACAGCGCAGACCGGUAACCCUGCAGUGGUCUCAGCAUUACGGCAAACGUCAUAUUCUGAGCAAUCUUCUUCAAAAAGGGGAAAAAAUCCAAUGAUUUUUGUAAAAGAAGCUUUUGGAGCUGAGUUGAAAAAUUAUUCAGACUCGCAUGAAGAUGUACAACUGUAGCACUUAACUUUAGAAUAAAUACUUUUCAGCAAUG